GAAGAAGAAAAGGGGAGGAAGAAUAGAAGAUAGGGGCGGAGUUUAGAGCCGCCUUGUUACUCUCCCAGGGUGAAGGAGAUCUAGAGGGAGAAAGAAAGACGGCUGCUGAUUCGCGACUCUUACUUCAUUUUACGCCGGGAAAUACAAAGCAGGAGAAAGGGGUAGAGCCGAGAACCCCUCCCCCCGCGUCUGCAAACUCCCCUGCAGAGAGGCAGGCUUCAGCCCACGCUCCUGCUGCUUUCAGUGCCUGCCUCCCCCGCUGUCAUGAGCAUCCAUAAAGGAGGAUCCCGCCUGCAGCAGCAACCGUCUGGCGAAUAGAGAGCGUAUAAGACGCCCAGAGUGGGAAAGGCGAGAGAGACGGGUCUGCAGUGUGGCGGCUGCGGCUACGGGGAGAUCCGGCUUGCAAACGUAGCUCCCCUCAUCGACUCGGGAAAACCCUACUCGCACGCCCCUCUGCGCUAAGGACAGAAGCGGGAGUGGCGGCGGCGAAUCCUGCCAGAGAUUAGCCAGCUCGGUGCUGCUGAGGUGGUCAAGAGAAAAGAAGGCUAUAUAUGCAGUCGCCUCCUUUCCUACUUCUUCAUUUAGCUCGGGGGGUCAGAUAGACCAGGUCCUCGAAUUGCUCCCGUUGUGAGAAGCAAGCCGCAAAACUCUGUUUAUUUUGCCCUCUAAUCCCUUUCCAAGUCCAGUAAAAUUGUCUAAAGCUGUGCUUUCGUUCCCAGUUCUUGCCCCUUCGCCAACAUCGGGUAUAGCCAUGACUGUUUGACCACGCAUCUUCCCAUUAUCUACCUCCAGCACGCAAAGAGGGCACCCCUGAUCUCCCAUUUUGGCCUAGGCUGAGAAGGGCGCAUUGGAUCAACCCUCGUCCUGGGGCCCUGCUGCGCCCUUGGGUGCCCCCGCAGUGGCCGGUGGGAUGAAGCCUUUGGAAAAAUUUCUGAAGAAGCAGGGCUCUCACUUGGCCACCCGGGCUGUUCCUGGUUCCGGAGGGCAGUUAUCUCGCAGGCAAAGCGUAUCCAAAAUCCUGCCUGGAUUUCUUAAGGAGCCACCUGAAGAUCUGACGGAAGGAGGCACGGAAACCCCGGGCGAUGGCCGCUGGCUGGAGCUGCGGGCCCCCGAUUCCUCUCUACGCUCCCCAACAUCCUUCUCGUCGGAGGAGCUCUCCCCAGGAGGUGGCGGAGGAGGCGAAACCCAGCUCAGUCCCGAGUCGGUGCCUACUUGCUGCUGGGUCCCGUUGGCAGAACCGGAAAGCCCCGAUCGUUUAGUGGGGAGGGUGCUGGAGAGGCUGGGAGGGGACCCUACAGCCCCCCAUGGACAUGGCUGUGGAGCCGAUAUCCUCCUAGAUGAUAUUGUUCUUACCCACUCAUUGUUUUUGCCCACGGAGCAGUUCUUACAUCAGUUAUACCAACACUUCAUGACUGCGUCAACAAUCCCAUUACCACCAAGCUGGAAAGAAAAUGAAGCUAUGCACCGGAAACGAGCAGUUUUGAUCAUUUUACUGCACUUUCUUGAAACAUUCAAGGGGAUUCUGCAAGAAGAAGAGAAGGCUGGCAAAAUCAUCAAGGAUCUGUAUUUGCUGAUCAUGAAGGAUGCAUCCCUCUACCACAAACUGGAAAAUGAAAUCCUGAAGUUACAUGAGCUUGUGGACACAGUGGAACUCAAAAUGACUGAAGAAACUGAACCACCCAGCAAGCAAGUCAAGCCUUUGUUCAGACAUUUUCGCCGCAUUGAUUCAUGUCUUCAAACUCGGGUUGCCUUCCGUGGAUCGGAUGAAAUCUUCUGCAGAGUCUAUAUGCCAGACCACUCCUACGUUACCAUCCGCAGCCGCCUCUCAGCCUCUGUGCAGGACAUCCUCACAUCAGUGACUGAGAAACUUCAAUAUUCUGAUGAACAGCCUACACGGGAGGAAGCUCUCAUUCUGGUAGCUGUUGCAUCAUCAGGAGAGAAAUCUGUGCUACAACCUAAUGAAGAGUGUGUUUUCACUACCUUGGGGAUAAACAGCCAUCUUUUUGCCUGCACAAAGGAUACUUUUCCAUCCCUGGUUCCUCUGCCAGAGGAAAUCCAAGUGUCACCAGGUGACACAGAAAUCCAUCGGAUGGAAGCUGAGGAUGUAGCAAAUCACCUGACAGCCUUCCACUGGGAACUGUUCUGGUGUGUCCAUGAGCUAGAAUUUGUGGAUUAUGUGUUCCAUGGUGAACGUGGCCGACGGGAGACUGCCAAUCUGGAAUUGCUGCUACAACGCUGCAGUGAGGUUCAGCACUGGGUGGCUACUGAAGUAUUACUCUGUGAAUCUUUAGGAAAGCGGGCUCACUUGCUCAAGAAAUUCAUCAAGAUUGCUGCUGUAUGUAAACAGCAUCAGGAUAUGUUAACAUUCUAUGCUGUGGUUAUAGGACUGAACAAUGCACCUGUCAGUCGUUUGCGCCUCACCUGGGAGAAGCUUCCAGGCAAAUUUAAGAACUUGUUUCGUAAAUUUGAAAACCUCACGGAUCCCUGUAGGAAUCAUAAAAGCUACAGAGAAGUCCUGUCUAGGAUGAAACCUCCCAUUAUCCCCUUUGUGCCCCUCAUCCUAAAAGACUUGACAUUUUUGCAUGAAGCUAGCAAAACCUUAGUGGAUGGAUUAAUCAAUGUAGAAAAACUGCAUUCAGUUGCAGAAAAAGUACGCAAUAUCAGGAAAUGCCGAAGUCAACCUCUCUGUUUGGAAAUGGAAUCAUCUCCUCAGCAGCUACAGACAAAGGCUUAUGUCCGUCAAUUCCAAGUUAUUGACAAUCAGAAUUUGCUCUUUGAACUCUCUCACAAGCUGGAGUCAAACAGCCAGUGAAAUCCCUGCCCAUAGGCAGGCAUUGCUAUAAAAGAAUGUUUACUCUGUAUGAUACUUGAGCACUUUUUGGAUGUACAGGGGACCCACCUAGGCUUUGCCUUAGUUGCAGAGGCAAAUAUGGAGUCACAAGAUGGCAAGGAUGAAGAGUCUUUGUUAUAGCUGACCCAAGACAUGUUGGUGGAAAAUAGAAAUGGCACCUUGUAAUAUUACCGAUUAGAGUGAGACACAAUUUGCUGGGAAGCUCUCCUGCUAGAUUUAUCCAUCCAGUUUGAUAUCAGAGCUGAAAAACCCAAAUAGCACCUUUUUAGUUGUUUCACAAUAUAGUGGAACAAUUUAAUUGUGUCUUAACUCUUAAUCAAACCUCAUGUCAGUGAAUAAUAAUUCAUAUGCAGGAAAUUUUUCCAAAAAAAUUCAAUCCAUUGGUCAAUCUAUCAGUUUUCUAAUCUGCUGCCUUUAUUGUCAGUUAAAAUUCUGUAUAUGACCUCCCUUUUACAGGAUUCUUAAGACAGACAAUAAAAUGUCCAGAAGAGAUGGAACAGCUUUGUGGAGAUCACAUUCAACUGGAUUUCUUGACUGAAGUUUGCACUGGAGAUUGGAGCCCUAUUCAUCAGGUUUACCUCUCCAUCACGAGUAAAUGUAACAACUGCUUGAAAAUUACAAAUAUUUGAAUCAGAUUAAUAAGCUUCCAAUCUCAAUAAUUGGAAAAAGAACAGUUGCCAGAGGCAGCAUGUGCAUAAAUGUCAAAAACAUUUAUUUUUUUAUAGUUAAUAUCUUAUUAAAAUAUUUCUAUAGUGUUAAUGUACAUUUAUAUUUCCUUCUCCUUUCUCCUUCUGAGAAAAGCGUGCUGUGGAAAUAUUUUAAGAUUACCAGGAGAUUCUCAGUCCUCCAGGGUUGAUUUCCUCCGACUGUUAAUCAUUACCAUGCAUUUCAAAAUCUAAUUUUAACUGAGAUGAGAAAAUCUUGUUAACAUCUAGCCAUAACAGACAUACUGUAUUUCUAUUCUCUGGGAUUUAAAAUAAUGAAAAAUUUUAAAGUUUAAAAUGCAUACCAAAAUUAUAUCUGCUGUAUUUCUUUAAUAGAGUAUAUCUAUUCAACAGAUUUUAAUAACAUGAACCAUUCAAAUUCUGCUGAGAAUCACUGUUUUAUAGUCCUAGGCUGCAUCGACAGAGGGGAUAGUAUCAAGAUCACGUGAAGUGCUAGUACUUCUUUAUACUGGUUUGGUAAGACCACACUCAGAAUACGGCAUUAAGUUUUGUCCUCACGAUACAAAAGAGACCCUAGAAAAAAUGCGGAGAAGAACAACAACAGAGAAGAUUAGGGGACUGGAGGCUAAAGCAUAUGAAGAAUGAUUGCAGGAACUGAACAUAUUUAGUCUUAUAAACAGAAGGACUAGGAGUGACAUGAUGGCAGUCUUCCAUGGGUCUGUAACAAAGAAGAGAGAGUCAACCUAUUCUGCAAAGCAUAUGAAGGCAGGACAAGAAAUCCAAGAAAUAACAGAUGGAAACUUA